AAAUCAGCCAGGGCAGUGACCAGAGGAGGUAGUGAGAGAGACCGGAGCCCUUGGGGGAGUUAGCCAUGACAGGAGAGAAGGGUGAGGAAGACGGGGAGGCCCUGACCUGGGACCUGGAAGAUCUCACGAUGGAGGAGCUGAGUGAGGGGCAAGCAGCUGCCCGGGCCCUGGAGGACAUGCUGACUCUGAGCUCCCAGACGCUGGUUCAGGCUGAGGUUGAGGACCUCUAUGAUGAGGUCCGCCAGCUGGGCCAGGGCCGCUUUGGCCGAGUCUUGCUGGUCACCCACCGACAAAGAGGGACUCCCAUGGCCCUUAAGCUUCUCUCCAAGGCUUCUACAACUCGCAAAGGGUUUCUUUACGAGUUCUGUGUGGGACUGACCCUUGGCUCUCACCCUGGCAUCGUGGCCACCUAUGGCAUUGGGCUGGAGACACAGGCCUGCUACGGCUUCCUCUCAGAGCCGGCCCUGCAUGGGGACCUCAUUGCCUUGAUCCAGCCCCAGAGGGGCCUUCCCGAUUCCGCAGCUCAGCUGUGUGCACAGCAGCUCUCCCUGGCCCUGGAGCACAUCCAUUCCCAUGGCCUCGUAUACCGAGACCUGAAGCCAGAAAACGUGUUGGUCUUUGAGCCCGGCUGCCGGCUGGUGAAGCUGACCGACUUUGGGCAUACUCGGCCCCGGGGGACCCUGCUGCGCCUGGCUGGGCCCCCCAUCCCCUACACGGCCCCUGAGCUCUGCAGCCCAACCCGCUGGCCUGAGGGUCUUCCCAUCCAGCCCUCCCUGGAUGCCUGGGCCCUGGGUGUCCUCCUCUUCUGUCUCCUCACCGGCUACUUCCCCUGGGACCAGCCCGUGCCCAGUGAAGACCCCUUCUACCAGGAUUUCCUGGACUGGAGAGAUUCCGGGAAGACCUGUGACCGCCCUGCACCCUGGGUUGGUUUGACCCCUGUGGCCGAUCGGCUGCUGGGGGUGCUGCUCGACCCUCAGCCCCGGCACAGGGGCCCUGUGGGCUCAGUCCGGGCCUUUCUGGGCCAGUCCUGGCAGAAGGCUAGGAGCCCAGAGGUAGCCAGGAAGAGGGGCGAGAGGGAGGAGGAAGAGGAGGAGGAAGAGGAGGAGGGUGCCGAGUGAGAGGGCCUGGGGCCGGGGGGAAUCUCUAAGAAGGUGCUUUGUUCUGUGCAUGCUGAGGAUGGGCUGGGGGAUGAGGCCAGGGAGGUGCCCACCCAGCACCAUCUCUGAGUCUGGUCCUCAUUUCUCUCCCUGCCCUGUCACCAUUCCCUCUCAGCCUCUUUCUGCUCUCCUCCUUUUUGUCUCUCCUUCUGUUUUAUGCCCCGGUUUGUCUCUCUCUGGGUCUCCCUCCCCACCAGGCUCACCCCAUCUCCUCUCUCCAAUAAAGCCUGAAGAUACUU